AUGGCUCUUCUUUUAAUUACUCAUCUUUACUUUCAGAAAUCUAUACUGAGUCAUGGUUUUCCAGGCAUUCCAGGGUCAAAUGGCAUGCCGGGAAUGCCGGGCGUGCCUGGGCCGCAGGGACCCCAGGGAAGAGAAGGUCCAAAAGGACAAAUUGGUGAUAAAGGAUCGCAAGGAGUGCAGGGUCCAAGAGGAGACAGAGGGCGCGAAGGGCCUCCCGGAAAGAGCGGACCGCCAGGAAUUAUUGGAACAAAAGGUGAAUCGGGGCUCGUGGGAAUGAAAGGAGAGCAAGGCAUUGUGGGAAAUCAAGGAAGAAAAGGAGACAAAGGAGAGAAAGGAGAAAGCGCUAAAGCGAGUCAAGCAAGUGUAGUACCACAAACCAACUGGAAACAAUGUGUGUGGAAAUCAUACUCCGAUACUGACAAAGGAAAGAUUAAGGUAAACAAGAAACGCACUAAAAGCUAAACACGAACUAUUUAUAAGUAUCACAGAUGAUGUUCAUAGGUGUAAAGAGGUCGAAAAUCCUUUUUCUGAGAUAAAGUUAAAGCACAACUAUGAUACCAACCUUAUUGCCUCAGCCUUCAUCCCCAUUCAACCUUUCUCCAGUUGGCAUUAAUUUUUGUGUUAUUUAGCAUUAUUAGAAUUUCAGACAUUUUAAUUUUUUUUUCAGGACUGUGCUUUUAACAAGUUGAAGUCGGAUACUGCGCUCAAAGUCUCAUUCCAGGGAGUCAUGAGGGUCGUAGGUAAUGGUAAGUGUAAUCGCUGGUAUUUCAAGUUCAAUGGAAACGAAUGCAAUGGACCAAUGACGAUUGAGGCAGUUGUUUACAACAGCUGGUCAUCAGGGAACCCUAAUCUGCAUCAUCAUCGGUCAUUUGAGGGGUACUGCGAAAACAUCUCACAAGGAGCGGUUAGAGUGGAACUGUGGUUAGGACAGUGUGGUAGUUCACCUUUGGGUGAUGCUUACACCGGGUGGAAUUCUGUUUCCCGGAUAAUGAUUGAAGAAGUGUCUAGGCCCCAGUCCUAA